AUGCUCAAGCACGUCGACUUUGCCCCGUCGACGCGUUCCUCCCUCGCUGUUUCUGGGGACUCAGCUAACUCCGCUGCGUUUGACGAGAACGCCUGUCUGUUGCCGUUCGCUCUCGCUUGGGGCCAUUCGCUCACAGCCUCGAAGUCCAGCGAUGGAGACGCCGAGCCUGCAUCUGAAGCUUCGUCGGCAUCGCCUGCUGCGCGUUCCUCUUCUCCCGCUCUCCCGACUCGGGGGGAUCUUUCGCAACUGCCCUCGUUCGCUUCUUUCCGGGAAAGUGGAGACGUUUUCGUCGCCUUAGACCCCUUCAUGGAGAAGGUUCUGCUCUUGCCGCCCCGUCCCAACGCUCGUGCGGCGCGUCCGAGUGGAGACGCUUCCCCCGGUGGCGCCGCGUCCGUCGCCGACGAGAAGCCGACAGGCGGCGCGUCUCCGAGGGCGAAUGCACCCGACGGCAAGGCGGCGCGACUGUUUCCUCCCGUGCCCGCCACAGUGAUCCAACGCAUCGAGACGCUCCUGGAACGCCCCCCUGUCGGGCUCAUUGGUGUUGCACGGUACGGGACUCCGGCGUCUCCACCCUCCCCCGCUUUAGCUGCGUCCUCUUCCUCUUCCGCUGCUUCAGUUUCUCUUCCGCUCCCACGAGGCGAUCCUCAGGUCUUGGUGGUCAGGCCGUUGAUGGUUUCUGCGCCCUCGGAGACAGGUCGGAAGCGCAGGCGCGGCCGCGCGUCUUCGGCGCCGUCGCCUUCUCCAGCGCCUCUUCCGUCCUCUCCGGCAUGUUCGCUGUCGCCCGCUUCACCCGCCGAUCCAGGUGCGGCUGCCGCGCCGUCGCUGCUCACAGACGCAAACUACGCGCCUUUCCCGACAACCUUCUGGCUGAGCGACGAGCUUCUGCGGCGAGACAUCUCGACGGUGGAAGUUCAGGGAGGAAUGAAGCUGAUUCAACAACGCAUUGGGGACAGUGCGGACUUGCAAAAGGCUCUGGUUGCCGAUCACCUGCGCUACAUCGCCAUCCGGUGGCUCUUGCUCGACGUCCCGGUCCUAAAACACUUUUACGAAGAGGAAGACAGAGCGACGGCACACCAGGAGACAGACCGCCCCGCGGAGACGGCGCAGGCGCAAGGACAGGACGACAGCGAAGACGGCAAAGAGCAGGGCGAGGAGCGGAGCCUGCCGGUGGCGUCGAGCCGAGAAAACCAUGCUUCGCGGCGAAUCCGUGCCAAUGCCUCGCACCGGUGUCCCCUCUGUCGUUUGCUGCAUGUCCUCCGCGAGCGAGGCAUUGGAGGCAUCGGGACUUUCUGCGCCAUUAGGUGUCUCCACAUGCACUACGCCUUCCACCUGGCCCUCCCGCCCACCACGGUCGGGGCCUUCGUCGACGAAGAACUCGCAAAACUCGAAUCCGAAUCGCCACACGAUUCUGAUCUCUGA